AUGCACAUUCGCUACAAAACCGCAAAACUCAAUAUGUAUAACAAUUCGAACGGUGGCGUCGAGCAUGCGGACACCAGUAAAGAGGACGCUGGCCGGGCGGCGAAGAAAGGCGACGUAAUAAAGGAGGAUAAAGUGCAAGAUGCCGACGGCAAAGAGGGCUUCAUCGAGGAAGUUGUGCAGGAGGAGGAGGAGGAGGAGGGAGAAGAAGAAGUAGAGACAUUAGAACAGACUCAAGGUGACGCCGUGGAGGUGGAAGAAGUUUUUACAGAAACGUUGGAAAAGGAUGACGGUGAGGAGGCGGAAGAUGCGGAACCAUCGGAAGAAGCUACCGAUGGGAAUGUGUCGAAAGACAAACAGACCGAGCAAGAGCUGUCAGAGGCGGAUCCGGACGAUAAAAAGAUCACUAUCGAAAUCCUGAAGCCGGAGGACGUGAAAAAAGAAGCGGCCGCGAACGUGUCGCGCGAGGAAAAACCCGCCGUCGAGCUGGAAAUGUGUCGGGUGUGUAUGGGCACGGACGAGCUGUCCGAUAUAUUCCAGCUCGAAGGCCCGGUACGUGUGAGCGAUAUCAUCAUGAAGGUGUGCACCAACAUUCGCAUAACGGCGCGGGAUCAUUUGCCGCACAAAAUAUGCGAACGGUGCCUGGGACAGGUGCGCAUCGUGCACGAGUUCAAGAAUCGUUGCGAAGCAUCGGACAAAGAGCUGCGGAAGAACUUGAAGCGCAGUGCGAACAAAAGCCGCCGUCAGAGUGAUUUCAUCGUGGUGAACUGUCCGAUGUCAGACUCGGAUAAGGACGACGACGAGCCGGUGGACGAUGACGAGUAUAAGGUGUCACAGUCGGAGGUGGAAUCGGAACCGGCCACCUCGGACGAUAGCUUCUCGCCACCGAACAAACGGAAACGUACGCCCAAAAGAAGGGGACGCAUUCCGGGCUCCGGCCGAAGGGGUAGACCGGGUCGCAAACCGAAGAACAUGGCCACCAGCACCCCGGCGGUAGCACCGUUCACACCGAAGCGUGGCCCGGGAAGGCCGCCAAAGCAUCCGAAAACUUCUAGCCUGUCCAACAUCGUGUACAUAGAAGCACCGGAAGAUAGUUCCAGCUCGGGUGACGAGGAGGAGGUGAAGCGCAAGCGGAGGAAGCGUGGAGACAACCCGUGUCCCAAGUGCGACGCGGUACUGCCCAGUCAGCUUGCGCUGAAACAGCACCUCAAAACGCAUCCCGGCGAUCGGUUCGAUUGCAAUCGUUGCUCACUGUUCUUCCGCACGGAACGGGCCCUCGCGAAUCACAUCGAGCGGCAUAAAAAGGCGGACCGUAUUCGCGAGGAAAAGCGCAAGGAACGCGAAGAGCGCAUUGAGCAGCGUACCCGGUACACGCCCAAAUCGUCGGAUCCGGAAAGGUCGAAGCAGAAUACACCGCAAGGUUCGUCGACGGUGGAAAGGAAGAAAAAGUCGGACACAUCCGCAGUCAGCAGCGGGAGGGAUCUGUUCAAGUGCGUAGCACCGCUGACGUCCACCUAUUGGAGCGAUAGUUUCUCCGACUAA